UGUCCCCCGGGACAUAUAUAUAAGCCUUUUAAAGUAUUUGGUGGAACUUCACGAAGUGUUCGGUGUCAGAUUUAAGGAGUUAUAAAACUCAGGUUUCAGGAUGCAAAAAGGUGUACAUCAUUUCUUUGACCUAUCCGCUGGAGAUCCCACAGCUGCUCGACAUGGAGAGUCACGUGUUUUAAUACCGGAAACGCAGCACGUGAAUGCGCAACAAGAAAUAACGACCGAUGAAAUUUAUAACAAGAAACAAAUGUUAACUCCAGGUACAAGUUUCGACGCAUAUAACCGCGGUAUGACACAUACCUUUAACGGGUAUGCGAUUUAUGGCGAACCGUUUCAAAGAUUUGACACGGAAAUGACGUCAUUAGAACUUCAUUACGCGAAGCUCGCCGAUUGUUCUCUCUGUAAAUACCUUCACCAAAUAAUGCUGAGCAAGUUUCACGAAAAUGGAAGAAAACAAGUUCAAGCAUUUUUGGAAUUAGAGUAUAUACGCUCACUGUUUGGUGACGUUUACCAACAUUCACUGCAAGGAAGGGCAGUGUCUGAAAGCUAUGUUUCCAUUCCGCAACCAUUCCGCAUGCCGCCAAAAUACUCUAAUCAGAUGCCAGUGACUAUAAACGGACCUGAUUCGAGCGUGUGCGAUCCCAAUCCGGCCAUUGGAUCAAUGAACUCUUAUUCUGCUGGACUAUUAGGCCGCUUUGCUAGUUUCGAUAUCCAAACCAAAAUGCAAAACGGACCAAACGAUCACAUACGGGCAAUUAACCCGGAAAUAAUAUCACCAACCGCUGAUACAUUUUCACUCCCCGGAAUUACACCGGAAAAGAGCGAGACAACGAACAAACAAGAAGCAAAAGCGCUGAAUCUCUCCACGAAAGGAACGAAGCCGAAAACGAAAUCAUCCACGAUGCCCUACCCGUUAUCUAAGGUCGGCGGGAAGAUGCACUACGAGUGUAAAUAUUGCCAGAAGACCUUCGGACAGCUGUCUAACCUAAAGGUACACCUACGCACCCAUACCGGAGAGAAACCUUACGUCUGUGCCGAAUGCGGAAAAGGCUUCGCCCAGCUGGCGCAUCUGCAAAAACAUCACCUCGUGCACACAGGGGAGCGCCCCCAUCAGUGCGGCGUCUGCGACAAGCGCUUCAGUUCCACAUCGAACCUGAAGACACACUUGCGGCUCCACAGCGGCGACCGGCCGUUCCAGUGCCGGGUGUGCCCGGCGGCGUUCACGCAGUUCGUUCAUCUGAGGCUUCACAAACGGCUGCACACGAAUGAGCGGCCGUUUGAGUGCAUGCGUUGCCGCCGGAAGUACAUCAGCGGAAGUGGUCUCAAAACGCACUGGAAAACGGGCACAUGUUUGCAACGUGUUGAAUGCGCGUAAGAACGCAAGCACAUACUAAAUUGUCUCACAAAGAUAGUUCGACAAUAUAUGUCACGGCAUGUUUGUGAAUAGCUUCAACAACAUAUAAAUCUAUUGAAUGGUAUAAGGACAAUGGAUAUUCAAGAAAAUGGAUAUAAUAACUGAAUUAGUUUUUCAUAGAUUUUGAUGGUUAACAUGUAUCCUUCGAAGAAAUGUGUUUCCUUUUUUGACGAUAGUGUCUAACGAUGUUUAAAUAUGAACUAUUUUUAGUCAUAGCUAUAAACUAUACAGGGAAUGCGUAGAGUAAUACGCUUGUUAUGUACAAAUUUGUCAAAUUGUCGUGAAUUAGUACUGUUCAUGUUUGGAAAUAGCCUAAUAAUAUAGAUGUGUGUCAAUAUGCGUACACGAGAAAUAAGGAAAAAGACAUGAAAUGUUGAAAUAUCUUAAGCAUGUAUAUACCAUAGAUGCAUACAGUAUGGUGUAACUUAUACAUAUACUUUUUAUAACAACAGAACGUAAGAUUUCGACAUGUAUCACAAUUGUUUGUAUAAGCGGCUAUUUUAUACGGUCGAUUUUUAAUUUUUAAAUAUAAUUUAUUACGAAAUAGGCGAAGCAGUAGAGCGCUAAUGUUUUGUGCUUGAUAUUUAUUAUAUACAUCUGAAUAGCAUAUACGCUUUAUAUGUUGUUUAAUGCAUG